ACAUCUGCAGCCCCUCACCUCGUCCAUCGUCCAGCCUCCCCCUCAGAUUCCUCUCUGCGCGUUCACGCGUCCCGAAAUGCGCGGUAACAUCGGUGUCUCGAGGCUGGAGCGGAGCUUCAGCCUCCCGCAGUUCGUCGGGCAGCAGGGAUCGAUAUUUUUAGCGCCUGGUUUGUGUUUCACCGCCGCGAUCGCGAGAAGCUCCUUCUCUGCGUCACAAGCCUGAGCCCGAGCACGAGGGGGUGCGAGGAGAACCGGACCGCGCGUGGGGUCGUGAAAGAAGAAGAAGAGGAGGAUAACGGACCGAGGACGAUCUGAAGGACUUUCCUUUCCUCAUCACCAACCGACCCGGAGACCGAACCAGCUCCCCUCGCAAAUGGCUAGUCCCGCCGCGUGCAGAACCCUCUCAAGUGCCCCGCAGCGAGCGCCGCUGGAGCCGAACCAUCCCGAACCAGCCUGCCUGGAGGCGCAGAAAUGGAUCGAGGCGGUAACAGGGAAAAGCUUUGGAGACAAGGACUUCCGCAGUGCAUUGGAGAACGGCAUCCUGUUAUGCGAGCUGCUGAGUGCAAUCAAACCAGGGCUAGUCAGAAAGAUCAACAGACUGCCCACCCCCAUCGCUGGUCUGGACAACCUGACUGUGUUCCUGCGAGGCUGUGAGGAGUUGGGCCUGAAGGGCUCCCAACUUUUUGACCCCGGAGACUUGCAAGACACGUCGAUACGCGCUAACCUCAAGGACUCUGACUGUAACCGCAAGCUUAAAAAUGUGCUAAAUACAGUUUUCUGGCUUGGGAAAGCUGCAAGUGGCUGUGCGUUCUACAAUGGACCCACUCUGAACCUGAAAGAGUUUGAAGGACUCCUCGCUCAGAUGAGGGUGGACAGUGAUGAUGGCGCGAUCAGUCCUCAGAACCCCAGCGUCAGAGACAGUGGCUACGACUGCUGGGACUCAGAGAGGAGCGAGUCUCUUUCUCCCCCCAGACACACAAGGGACAACUCUCUGGACAGUCUGGAUUCUUUUGGCUCUCGCUCACAGCACAGCCCUUCUCCAGAUGUGGGGAACCGAGGCGCCAGUGACGGGCGAGGCAGCGACUCUGAAGCCGAUGCUCCCGGCAGGAAGCCAGAUGUUCGGAAGGAUGACAUGCUGGCGAGACGGACUGCCAGCAGUGAAUCCAGAAGUUCCAUUCCCUUCAACCAGUUCCUUCCUAAUCGAAACAACGCCACCGCUUACAUCCCGACGCCCCGGCGAAAGCAGAACGCUGAAGAGGGAGAACAGCGAAGUCAAGUCACUCCGGAGCAAAGCAAAAGAGCUGGGCUGCACCACAAAACUCCCAAGACUGUCACUUGGGCACCCGAGAACAAUGGUGAAAAAUCAAAACAGGAAGAGCAGAUGGUUACCCAGGAAGCUCUGGAGCAGAGGAAGUUGCAGAAGUUGGAGAAGGCAGGGAUUAAAGUUCUUCCUGCUGCUGUUCACCACAUCAGCGCUCCCACCAUCAAGGAAAAAGAAGCGAGUUCAGAACCGCCGGACAUCAUCCUUCGGUGCGAAAACGACUUUAUGAAUUUUUGCAAAUCCGCAUGGGAUUCCUCCUCUGACGGGGAGGAGGAAAGAGAGAAACGGAAAGUUCCAGAUGUUCGUAAAGACGAUUUGGCUUCCCGACGAGGUCGCCGCGGCCCCGCGACGGCCAAGGUGCAUCAGUUUGUCCCUCCCCCUGAAUGUACAAACAAAGACAUAGAGCGCUGGGAGGGCAUCAGACGAGCCUCCCAGCAAACCCUGCAGGAUAAAGACAUCAGCGUAAAAGAAGCAAUCCCCGACAUCAUAACUCGCAGGGACAAUCCUUUCCUGAAAGAAAAGGAAGAGGAGUCGGAUGAAGGGAAGGAGGGAAGUGUUGAGGCUGUCCCGAAUAAGCAGAGGGACGACCUGGCUCGCAGGCGCGCUCAUAGCAGGCCGCUGUCGCACAGGGACGCACAGAUGAGCUUUGUUACAUCUCCCAUGAGCCGAGCAGAUGUGCAGAGGUGGGAGAGGCUGAAGAUGACGGAACCAAGCGAGGAUAGGCCGGCUCCUGUGUGUCAGGCUUGUCUGGAGAAAAAUGACGGAAGGCCGCGCGGCAGACCAGCCAAGGCUGGACGCGGUCACAGCAAAGUCGUUACCUUUGGGGGCGUGACUGAGAUCAAGCAGCCCGUAGACACAGUCAUGAGAGGUGAAUGGGAGGAGAACACGUUGCUUAGACGACUGCUCUCCGAGGCAACAGUAGCCGUGCCCGCCAUUGACCUGGGCUCCCAGCUCUCAGAGCGGGAACGCAGCCAUAUAGACGGAGCAGAACCCGAUCAAGGUACCCUACCUUUGGCGGACGCCCUGCCCUGGACUCCUGAGGCCACGCCUACUGUCGCUGAGCUAGAUGCUCGUCUGGCUCUGUAUGAGCAAAGAACAGAGGAGGAAGAGGAGGAGGAGGAGGAAAGAAUCCCAGAUCUUCAGAAAGAUGACAUGAUGGCGAGGCGGACUGGAGUUUUCCAGAAGCAAAGUCCUGCUUCAGCAGCUUUUAGUCGCUUCUUGCCGCUGCCUGGCUCCAAACGCUGCGUGCAAGAGGAGGUCAACACGAACGCCGCUCUAAAGUUCACUGUAAUUGAAGACAAAAACCUGGAUUUGAAUGUCAGAGCGAAACAUCAAAGUCCUGCUGAAACAUCUCAGCAGCCUCAUGAGUCAGCUGCGACCACGCCUCUCCAUGUAGACGAGAGCGAGAUGGAUCAGGCAGUGCCAGACCUGGAGAAGGAUGACAUGAUGGCUCGAAAGACCAGAUUAUUCCAAAAAGGGAGUGCAUUUAAAACAAAUCAGGGCUUCAAUCAGUUCCUGCCCGUACCCGGAUCAGCCAAAUAUAACGCCAGUCCAGUAUCUGCAGUGAAGCUGCCACAGAGCAAACUGGUGCUCAGAGAAAGUUUUGGCAGCGGCGUCUCUGUGGCAGCAGAACAUCAGAUCCCAUUUAAAGAGCCGGUCGGCCCCGCGCAUGCCGGGGCGAGGGGGCGAGAUCAAGAGAAGGGAGACACAAUGGGGGUUACUGACACCGUGGUCAGCAAAGUGACCGAGCCCCCCUCUUCUCCUGCACUCGCUGCUCCUGCUUACUCCCAUAGCGGGGUGGAGGAGGCAGAGCAGGAGGAGGAAAGAACGGAGGGAAAGAAGGGUGUGAAUGAGAAAACACUAAAGAAACCCUUUUGGCUGGAAGAUGAGCUACCUCCAUUCAUGGUGAGCCGACGAGUUGCUUUUCUGUCAAACAACGAGAGUGUGAGUAUGACUGACAUGGUGAACGAGGAAGAGGCGGGACACUUACCCUUACUGAGCCAGUCUCGGCACGAGCACAUGCACGAGCAGUACAACAACUUCCUGGAGGAGGAGGACCACUGGCAAGAUGACUUGGCUCGCUGGAAAAGUCGCCGCCGCAGUGCUUCACAAGAACUGAUCAGGAAAGAGGAGGAGAGGAAGAGGAUGGAGAAGAUGAAGGAGGAAAGAAGAGAUGGAAAUAAGAGGAAAAGCAUCAAGACGUACAAGGAGAUUGUUGAGGAGAAAGAGCGCAGAGAAGCCGAGCUUUGUGAGGCCUACAGAAACGCAGCUUCUCCAGAGGAGGCAGCCUUGGUUUUACAGCGUUACGCUCUUCGCUUCACCAUCAGCGACGCAACGCUCGACAGCCUGAAAUUGCCCAGAUCGACCUCAAAACCCAAAGACGACCUAAAUGACGCAGCGCAGGAAGACAAGCCAGCAUCCCCUCUGAAUGGCGUAGAGAUCAUAGAGCGCCUGCCUAAACCAGAUCAGACUCCUCUAAACCAGAAACUCACAAACCCGGAAAACACGGAGACAGAUGCUAUUCAGGAAGUGGAGAAAUCCGGUGCCACUUCCAGCAGCUCCACAACCCCCAGCAGUCCAGUUUCUGCAGACACAAACUCACAGAUUGUUCCACCUCAGUCGCCACAGUUUAGUGAACCAAUGACUCAGCUCACAGAAUCUGCUGCUACGAAUCAGAAAGACCGGAUUUCAGGAGAUACGCUGCUCCAAAGCAAACACACGUCGGUUCAGGAUCCACAAGAGCAGUCGCAGACGAUGCAACUUGAGUCUGCGCAGUCUCAGUCAGUGCAGCAGCAGUCAUCACAGCUGGAGCCAGUGCAGCCUCAAUCAGUGCAGGUGGAGUCAGCGCAGCCUUUAUCAGUGCAGGUGGAGCCAGCGCAGCCUCAAUCAGUGCAGCAGCAGUCACCUCAGUCUCAGUUAGCACAUCAUCAGUCAACGCAGCCUCAGCCAGAGCACCUGCAGCCACUGCAGUCUCCACCGGUGCAGUCUACACACACCCUCCCAUCAGCUGCACCUGUCAGACCUGUCCCCCUGCUGGUAGCCAAGCCCUACUGCCAGCCCAGGAGCAUGCUCAAACCUGUUAAGAUGGACGGGUUGGUGCGAGUCAACGGGGAGACGACAGAGGACUCCGUUGUUUCCCCUCCACCUUCGGCCCUGCUGGACUCACUGCAGGAAAAACAGGAAAACAAAGAUGUUUCCUCCAAACCGGCAGAGGAAGACAGCUCUCCUGAGGAAGCUGUUGAAAAUCCAAAGACCGCAGAGCAGCUGACGCCUCCCCCGCAAAAUGACAAAACGCCGGCGUCCUCAGCCUCUGCCAUCAGCUCUCUGAUUGGAGGACGCAGCUGCACCAUCACCACCACCAUCGUGACAGAACUCACUCAGACUCUGGUGGAGCCGCUUUACCCAGAGAUCCAAAACAGUACGAAGGCUGGAUCCCCUGUAUUGUUCCAGACUCCCAUAGAGGAGGAGAAGACUGAGCCUGCUGCAUCACCCAGCAAUAAGCAGAAAUAUUCUCCCACGGUUACAGAAGGACUUGAGGAGAGCGGUGUGACGAUUGAGACCCCCAUGUUGAACUUGGCUAAACGUGUUAAUCACUGGGUCUGGGACCCCAAUGAGGAGCGUAAACGUUUGGAAAGGUGGCAGCAGGAACAGGAACGCCUCCUACAGGAACAAUAUCAGAAGGAGCAGGAGAAGCUGAAGAAGGAGUGGGAGAAAGCACAGAUAGAAGUGGAGGAGGAGGAGAGAAAACACAAGGAAGAGGAGAGACGCAUCUUAGAAGAGACUGUCACGCCCCUCAGUCCCACAGGCCUGUUGCAGCAGGGCUCAGGACACACAGCGGCCAGCGCUCCGGCACCACAAAACAAUAACAGAGGGGAAGGAAACGCGUCCCUGCAGCCAAACGGGAACAAAAUCCCCACAGGCAGGGAAGACCAGCAUGCAUCAAAGCUCCACUUCUUCCAGGAUUCUUCAUGUGACGGGGAGCCUUCAAAGAGACCAGAACCGUGGAAAACUGCCUCCUUGGACCGCAACCCACAACUGAACCAGACCCAGAAUGUUAAAAGAUCAGGAUCGCAUGAUGUUGUAACAGGGAAAGAGCAGUCCACACCGUCCCCUCCUCAGCCUCCCUCACCCAGCAGGUGUGUCAGUGGAAAGCGGCUGUGUUCUGGUUGUUCGAAACCCUUGGGGAAAGGAGCUGCGAUGAUCAUUGAUACUUUGGGCUUGUAUUUCCACAUGGGGUGUUUUAAGUGUGGUGUGUGCAAAGGACAGCUGGGAGACGCCACUGCAGGGACGGAUGUAAGGAUUCGUAAUGGACUGCUGAGCUGUCAUGAAUGCUACAUUGCAUCAAGGGGCAGAGGUCAGCCCACAACCCUUUGAUAACCCCUCCUUGGAACUGGAACCUCUGCAGAUGAUGACUGGAAUGAGAACAAUUCUGGAACUUAAAGUCCUGUUCUGGGAAUCCUGGAAGAGUCUUGAAAUCUACAGUUCCUGCAUCAUCUUUCUCCUGUGAUGCAGCUUGGAUUUUAGCGUUUAUGACAGUGAAACUGGACCCACUUUUGGACAACACAGCAUUAAACAAUGUACUUCCUGAUGAGAUACACGUCUACUCUCCUGUUUUAAACUGCACAGCAUGGACAAACUCAAGAAAGCAGUAUGUUUAGGUUCCUGCACACGCCGCUCCAUAUGUUCUCUGCUAAACACUUUGGGCUGAACGUCGCUUGUUCCUGAUAUCUGGGCUCGUUAUAACUCCUGCUUUUGCACUGGUCAUGUGACUGCACUCUCAGUGUGAUGCAAAGUGAUUCAGGUUGCAGGUUGAAGUAGCUUGCUUGACCUUUGUUAUGCCUUACUCGUACCCUCUCAUUCAUUUAAAGUUUUGUGUUUACAGUUUUGCAUGAACAUAUAUAAGUUAUGAGUAUUUCUCAGCGAACACUUGAGCUUGAUCUCUUUUUUCUUUUGUGUCACUCCCCUUUAUGAUAAUUUGAUAGAUUUAAGAAUCCGGCCUACUUACGCAAGUGUUUUAUUCGUACUUUUUUUUUUUUUUCAAAAGUAAGAAUGCAUGUUGUGUGAUAAUACUGUUUGUAUUUGGCAUAAUUUCCCCUCUUUAGGUUCUAGUUUUCUUUAUUCUCAUAGAUUAUCUUCAUAUAAAUCAGUGCCUUAUGUAAUGAAUGCAAAGGUGAGGGUUUUAUCCCCACACUGACCUUCGGGUCUCGGCACAUUAUGUAUGUGUGUGUGAGUGUAAGCAUGUGUAAAUGUGAAUGCAUUGUGGGAUUAGACUUCAAGCACAGUUCCAUACCAGCAAAAAAAAUGUAUAAAUAAAUAUUUCCUACUUACCAGCUACCCUUUACCACUCCACCAAUGAACUAAACCAAUGACACCAUGUGUUUUGCUGCUCCCAUCUUAAUGAUUUCAUCCGCUGUCUGCCUCUUUCACAACUGUUGCCUCCCCAGAGAAUGAGCCGAAUCACUCUUUCCUCUGUCCCGCUUACAUUUGGACAUGAGUCUUUUUCCUCCUGGACACAGUUCAAUGUGUUGUCUUUUAUAGCAACUGUAUUACGUUUAACAAUAAAAACAUUUGAAAUUA